CGUACAGAUUGAGUAAGUACGAUGAAAGGUUACAACCCCGAUGCACACCUUUCUUGACUUUAAACUACGCAGUAUCACCUUGUUCUGUUUGAACAACUGGUGUGGUAUGGUGUACUCUCCAUGAAUUCUGUGAGUUGUGCCAGCGAAUUAAUGAAACCACAGGGUCACUGAGAGCCAGCAGAGGCUGGGGUCUGCCUGUCUGGCAGUAUGAGAGAAGGUGUCCUUCUAACUUGUGAGCUCUAACCCAGCUCCAGGUAGAGAGAGAGUGUGCCAGUUGGGUGGCUAGUGACAAGGCUGGAGAAGGGGAAGGUGAGGGCUGAAUCCAUCCCUACAUUUUGAGGAUUGGAUUCAUGCUGAUCCUUACCAUGCAGUUAGCAGCAAAGGUGGGAUUUACCCACUUUGCUCCUUAUUUAGUGCAAUGUCUUUCUUUUUUCAUAUGGCUUUUCUUUUUCUUGCCUAUUGCAUUGGCUAAGACUUUCAGAACAAUGUACAUAGAAGUGGUGAGAGCAGACAUCUUUCCCUUGUUUCCAAUCUUAGGGGAAAAGCGUUUAGACUUUUACCAUUAAAUAUUAUGUUAGCUGUAGGUUUUCCCAAAAUUCUCGUCAGGUUGAGGAAAUUUUCUCCUCUAGUGUUACUAACUUAACAUUUGUUAGACAUUUUUAAUUACUAAUAAUUUGUCUCAUAGUGAGAUGAAGUUAACAAUACAAACUUGUUUUCUGUCCUUAAGAGGUCACUAAAUCAGUGAAUUGUAACGUGUCACUUCAGAGGGUUUAUUUGUUUAUUAGCAUUUAGACCAAGUUGCUUUGAUACUGCGUUGACACUUUUCAGCAUUUGGCAUUCUUAAAAUGAUAAGGAAUUAAAUAAUCAUUAUCUCUGUCUAUUUUGAUUUCUCAGAGCACUACACAAAUAUUCAUAUUGACAUGGGUUUAAGUAGAGGUAUAAAUGAUUAAUACUGCUCCUAAUUUGAAUAAAUUAGGAGGUUAAACAUUUUUCCCCCUGCAAUUUGGUGAUAUAUAUUCUAGCUUUUUCUUGUGAGGCUUCUGUGUCAUAAAAGGGCUUGCAAGUAACUUUGUGUAACCCAAGCUUCACAAAAACUGGCUAUUAGAAUUUCCCAGUCCUCUCAUAGGCUCUAUAAGCUACAUUUAUAUGCUUUAUAUAAAAAUUGUAUUAAACAUUUUUCUGUUGGGCUCUUAUUCCGUGCCCAACUGUGUAAUGUAGCCAUUUGAGAUAUAAUCGAGAACAAAACAGAUGUUAUCCUCAUGGGACUUGCAGUCUCGUCAAGAAGACAAAAUUUAAUGAAAUAAAUAAAUAUAAACUGUGAUAAGUGGGGAGUCUGAUCCAAUAUGGGAACUCAGGGAAGGCUUCCCUGAGGAAGUCGUAUUUGAACUGAAACCUGAAGAUUGGAUAUGAAUUAACUAAAAAGAUUGUGAUGGCAUAGUAACCAGCAGGUCCACAUACUCUAAGGCAGUAGGGAACAAAGCAAGUGUAUGUGGGACUGGGGUGGGGAACGGGAGCCAGUUUAGCUAAAUCCUAAACAACACAGAAGAGAAAUGCACUUUUGGGAGACCAAAUUUAUAGGACCUUUUAGAAAUUUAUCUUAAGGGCAGUGUGAAAACACUGAGGUAUUUUAAAUAGGGGAGUGACAUGAUCUGGUUUGCAUUUUUGAAAGAACAUUCUGUCUGCUGUGUGGAUAAUGGAUUGAAGAGAGGUCACAGAGGACCAUGGAAGACCAGUUUUAAAGCCACCAUAGUAGUUCAUGCACAAGACGAUGCUAGCUUGCCUAGGGUCGUGACAUUUGAGAUGAAGGAAAGUAGUUGAAGAAACAGAUAAAUUUUGAAGGCACAUACCUUCGUUGCCUAUCUUAAUGUAUUAAAAACAACUUUUACUUUAUCCUAUCUUUGUUUAUUUGUUAUGAUACUGUAUUACUUAUGUAGUUCUCCUUGAUAGUCAUUACCUACUGUUGUGUGCCAUCUAGUCUGACUCAUAGUGACUCUAUAGGACAGAGUAGCACUGCCCCAUAGGGUUUCCAAAGCUGUGAGCUUUACAGAAGCAGACUGCCACAACUUUCUCCUGUAGAACAGCUGGUGGGUUAGAACCACUGACCUUUCCAUUAGCAGCUGAGUGCUUACCACUGUGCCACCAGUGCUGUUUUUCAUUACCUACUAUUUAUCAUAUUUACCCUCCAUGACUAGUGUCCCUCUCUUGCUUUGCUCUCUAGGUCCUUUGGUAGUUGUGUGAAUUGAUUGGCUGUUAAAUGAUGAAAUAUGGAUACAUAUAAAGCAAUAUAUAAAACAUACCUAAGAUAUAAAUAAAAAAUCAAAUGCCUGUGAUAUAUGUGUAUUAUCUCAUAAAGUUAUACAGUUUUAGUUGUUAGAAGUAAUUUUGAAGGAAUUCCAAAUAAUGAUUCCUCUUAGAUAUUUCGUGACUAACAUUUAUCAGUUGAAUGAAGAAGGAAGUGGUUGAUAAUGACAGUAAUAAGAAUGGCAAUAAUAAAAUACCUAAUAGGCCCCUAAAGUGAAUUGAGAAUUAUGCCUAAUAUAAAAAUAAGGAAUGCUUUAGAUAAUGAGUUAUAGAAAUGUAUGGUAUUAAUGCUCUUUUUUAUUAUUAGGUUUCACUGUAUAAAUUAAUUCUGAUUUUACACAGAUCAGAAAAAAAAGGUUGGAAAAGAAGAAAAGUGAGGCACUAAUAGAAAGAGUAGAGUCACUAAAAGGAAUAAAAUUACCUUGCUAAAACUAUAGAAGCUUUUUUUUUAAUUGGUGGAAAUAAAGGAGGCUUACUGGAUCAAAGGCACUACUUCUUAAACCCUCCAUCUCAUAUUAUCAUAUACCUUUGGAAUCAUAUACAAUUAUGGAUUAUUUACAGUAUUUUUAGACUCAAAUCCAUUCCUUUUAUUUAUUUAUUUUUUUUAAAAGAAAAGUGUCAAAGUAAAGCAAUCUAGUAUUUGAAUUUCUCUAAAUGAGUUUUUUUGGCCUUUUUUUCUGAUUUUAGAAAUAGUAUAAUUCAAAACUUUUAAAAUACGUAAAGUCUAUGCUUUAAAAUUAUUUGUUUAGUGACUUAAGGUAGCAUUAGUAAUUGUUAGUGUUUUUGUUAAAAUAGUUUUGUAAUACAGCUUACUAUUUAACUUGUCUUUAUAUGAAAUCAUAGAUGCUGUAGGGUCGCUAUGAGUUGGAAUCAACUUGAUGGCAAUGGGUUUUUUUUUUUUUUUUAAUAUGAAAUGUGGGAUCUUUAUCAAAUGUAAAUUUAUUUUGAAUAUUUAUUAUCAUUGUACAAGAGGAUUUUAGAUCAGACCUUGUUUGAUUUUUAAUGCUUUUAUGUAUGCCUAAAGGUCAGAAUGCUCCCCUGUAAAAUAGGACUUUCUAGCCUUGGUUCCUUAAAUUUAAAUAUUUACUUUCAAACCUAUACAUAGUACUCAUUCUGAGAUUGUUAUUUUAACUUGUCUUAUAACUAUUUCUGAUGAUGCUUGGUGCACACACACACACACACGCAUAUAACAUAUAGAACAAAAAUAUUUUGAAGAAAUGCAGUCACCAUUCUAUAUUUCACCUAAUCCCCCAAAGAUCUUAGCAAUAACAUGGUUUUCCUGAAAGGCAGUUCAACAUAAAGAAAAGAAUAGGGCUUUCUAUUACUUUAGAAAUAAUUUUUAUGAAGUCCAAAAUAGUUCUUCCUACACACUUCCUGACUGGCAGCCAGCAGUGGCAAGGAAAGGGAGGUGCACAUCAAUAUGGUAUUAAGAAUGACAAUUUUGACCUGUUUAAAUCCUAGUUUCACAAGUAGGCUAGAAAUAAUUACCUUAUGUAGUACCUACUUUCUUCAUUUGAAAAAUGAUAAUGAUGGUACUUCAUAGAGAUUUAAGGUUUUAUAGUGAAAAAAUAUAUAAAGCACAUAGCACAAAGUUGGGUACAUAGAAUGUGUUCAAUGAAUGUUAGUUACCUUCAAUUUUUACCUUAAUUUUCCUGAUUUAUUUUAAUUCUGAGUUAAUUUGUAAAUUAGUUCUAAGUCACUUUUAAGAGAAGUGCUAACUUCAUAAGAAGUACAUUUAAAAUAGUGAAUGUCGGUAGUAAAUAAAAAUAAAUGGGAAUGUUUAUAACUUCCAUCAGAUAUUUGAGCAUUAUUUGCUUUCUUCUAACUUAGGUAUGUGUAGCUCAAGGAUUAUGUGACAAAUUUGUUGGCCCUUUGAUGCUUUUUAAUAUUAGAAUAAAAAGUGGAUUUAAAAGUCAUUCUGUCUGUUUCUAAUGCCUGUACUCUUCUGAGAUCAUAUUUGACCAUAAAUAUUUCCCCAAAUAGAUUUUAAAAUAGCAUUGUUAGUUCCAGUGCUUUGUAUAGUUAAAUACAUCAAACUCAGAAAUUUUGUGUGGGUGUGGCAGGGACUGGAGAGAUUGAUAAAUGACUUUUAACUUCUGUUAAUCAAAAUAUAACUAUAUUUUAAAGAGAAAAAAUAGGCAUAUCACUUGAGUUUAUGGAGAGUCAAAUGAUUUUUAAUAAUUAAUAAGUUUUUUCUGCCAAUAAGCAUUAGAUUACUGCUGACUUUUUAGUGUCAUAGUACCUUGUGGUAGUUCUUCUACAGGGUUUAAAGGUGUACGCCCAGUUUUUUGUUUUUUUCUGUCCUGUCCAGAGGAUAUAAUCUUUGCAAAUGCUAUAAGCAGAAUACCUCAAGAAGUUAAUGUAUGCCAUUAAUAUAUUAUAAGGAUCGGUCAGUUUCAUUGUCUUCUUUUGUCAAUCUUGAUCGGAGCUUGCCGAGUAAGUCUAUAAGUCUGCAUGUGCCUGGCAACUGUUACCUAGUGACAGUUUCAGCUGCAGUAGCCAUUGGCUGUGCUGUUGAUUGGGGCAGGAGGACCGAGUCACCUUUCUGAUGGUGAGUUCUUCUGCAUCAGCUCAGGAUGAGGAGGAGGAGGAGCGGGCUUGGGCUCAGGUGGAGGCAGGGAUACUGAGAGAUUGUGGAGAAUAUACCGAUGGCAUCCUUGUAACUGCAUCACAGUAAAUCGGACUUCUGAAUCAAGCAGCCCAGCCUAGCAGCUGAUAAGAGUAAAUGUAGGUGAGAAGCAUAACCUUAUUCUUGUAACAAGAGAACUAUUUUGUGAUAAGUGAAACUGGAAUGUGCAAGGAAGAAUAUCCUGUGGAUUUUAUAAAAGAAGAAAGACUUCCCGGAAUGACUUUGUGGUGCACGAGAAAAUAACUUUCAGAAGACUGCUUUCUGUUAAGCUGCUGCAUUGUUCUGAAGGAAAUGCUUUUAUUUCUACUACAUGUUAUUUCUUCAAAAGGUGUAACAGCGAAGACUGACAAGAGACUCUGAAAUGCCUGUAGUUAAAAAAAAGACUUUUGGCAAAUGCUAUCCUGCUAUCAGAAUGACCUUGGAAGCCUUUUUGAUGGAUUGCUUCAUUCUAUCCUGCUAGCUUUUCAGUAUUUCAAACUCUAGGAUUUAAACUCAUCUUGAUGCUUUAGAGACAUUUUAAAACAAGACCAUCUUGUAACCUACCUAAUGGCCCCUGUGUUAAUUGAGCACUUGCUCAAAAUAGAAUACAGAAAUAGAAGAGGCAUUUUCUUAACAUAUGGCUGCUACAUAACUGCAAAUAUAACAAACAAGGUAAUUUUCCACUUUCAGAAGAUUCAGUUGGAGUAAUGAUUUAAUGUGUUAAUCAUCUAAUGGCAAUAGGAAAGGUAUAAUAACAUAGAAUAUGAAGCCUACUGGAAAUACAUAAGUAAUAAAUAAUGGCAGAAUUUCAAGUCAAAUAAGCUCAGAGUGUAUAGGAAACUUUCUAUUGUUAUUUAUAUUUCAUAUAUAUUUACAUAUAUAUGAGAUAUAUGUAUGACUGCAAGGGUAGGAAUAACUUUGAGCUAUAUAUUUUAUCAUGCUUCAUUAUAAGGGAGGUAGUAUAUGAGGUAAAGAAAGUUUUUUUCCAGUUAUUGAUGCUGAAAUUAACAAAAAGAUUUCUUUUUGAAAAGGAAAAGGGAUAAAUUACAUUGCUUUCAAUAGCACUAGUAACUGUAACAGGCUAAAACUGUUUUAAUCUGAAUGCUUAGAAAAAAUAUACAUAGACUUAAAACUUCACAAGUUCAUCCUGUUUUGAGGGGUGUUAACCAUUGUAUAUUACUUCCCUACCUGAAAUACACCUUUUUUCUCAUAAGAGUUAUACGACAAUCUAGGUGUGUUUGUUAACCCUGUUCUGCGCCUUCAUGCCCCUGUAGAGAAGAAUCUCUUGGAAUUAACCUUGAUAGGGGUGUUUUUCUUAACUCUAAAAAAAAUAAGAGAGAAAUAGAUCAUAAAGAUGACCUACCAGCAUCAAACCCUAAAGUGAGCCAAAAGAUACUAUUUACCACAAUGAAGUUUUUCUCAGGUUUCCAACCAAAUCUGAGAUCUUAAUUAUUUAAAUUCUAAAAUAUGAAUCCACUUCUCAUUGAUAAAACAGGAAACCCAAGACAAUUUAAGACACUUUUUCCCCUCAUUCUUUCUAGGUAAUCCGUAAGAAACUAGAUUUCUCAGGAGAACAAACAGCCCACAGAAGCUUUUCUUCCCUUGUCAAUAGAUACUUUUUUCCCACUUCUACAGAUUUAAUUUUUUGUAGUGCAAGGUAAUAAAUCCAUUUUCUCUAGAAGUGCCUUGUAUCUGCAAAAAGUAAUUUAAGAGCACUGGAGAAAGCUAAUCAGUGACCUUUUUUCACCUCCUUUCUAGCUUAUCCCCCUCCUUACCCCUCAAAGCUGAGGUGUGUCACUGCUGCGCUGAGGCUGAUGAAGAGACUUGAGAGCAGCUCUCUGGGAUGCUCAGCUGUGACAGGAACACUGACACUGUCUACCGAGGCAGGUUCUGAGACACUCGUGUGCAGAGUUUAACAGAUGCUGUGCCGGGUACCUACUUGCUAUAGCCAACGCUGCAGGUUUCCUUAAUCCCAAGCCAUGAAUGAAUCCAGGUGGACUGAACGGAGGAUUCUGAACAUGAGCAGUGGCAUCGUGAAUGUAUCUGAACAUCACUCCUGCCCACUUGGAUUUGGCCAGUACAGUGCAGUGGAUGUCUGCAUCUUUGAGACAGUUGUUAUUGUCCUACUAACUUUUCUGAUCAUCGCUGGGAAUUUAACGGUUAUCUUUGUCUUUCAUUGUGCUCCACUCUUACACCAUUAUACUACCAGCUAUUUCAUCCAGACAAUGGCAUAUGCUGAUCUUUUCGUUGGAGUUAGCUGCUUGGUUCCUACUCUCUCACUUCUCCACUACUCCACAGGUGUCCACGAGUCAUUGACUUGCCAGAUUUUUGGAUAUAUCAUCUCGGUUCUAAAAAGUGUUUCUAUGGCAUGUCUUGCUUGCAUCAGUGUGGAUCGCUACCUUGCAAUAACCAAGCCUCUUUCCUACAAUCAACUGGUCACCCCUUGCCGCCUGAGAAUUUGCAUUAUUUUGAUCUGGAUCUACUCUUGCCUAAUUUUCUUGCCUUCCUUUUUUGGCUGGGGGAAACCUGGUUACCACGGUGACAUUUUUGAAUGGUGUGCCACCUCUUGGCUCACCAGUGCCUAUUUUACUGGCUUUAUUGUUUGUUUACUUUAUGCUCCUGCUGCCUUUGUUGUCUGCUUCACUUACUUCCACAUUUUCAAAAUUUGCCGGCAGCACACCAAGGAGAUCAAUGAUCGAAGGGCCCGAUUCCCAAGCCAUGAGGUGGAUGCCUCUGGAGAGACCGGACACAGCCCUGACCGUCGCUAUGCCAUGGUUUUGUUUCGGAUAACCAGUGUAUUUUACAUGCUGUGGCUCCCCUAUAUCAUUUACUUUCUCUUAGAAAGCUCCCGGGUCUUGGACAACCCAACGCUAUCCUUCCUCACAACCUGGCUUGCUAUAAGUAAUAGUUUCUGUAACUGUGUAAUAUAUAGCCUCUCCAACAGCGUUUUCCGGCUAGGCCUCCGAAGGCUAUCCCAGACAAUGUGCACAUCUUGCAUGUGUGUGAAGGAUCAGGAAGCACGAGAUCCCAAACCUAGGAAACGGGCUAAUUCCUGCUCCAUUUGAAGAGAACUACACAGUAAAUCCAAUGUAAUCUGACAGUGGUUUUGGAUCGUGUUCUUGAUUUCAUCUGGAAUUUUGCCACCGGGGAAAUGUUUACUUGAAUAAUGACUAUGAAAUGAUGAGGCUAAAGGUUUCUCCCCACCCCCCACCUCUUUUUCAUGGAAAACACAACUAAAGGAAAGGCUGUAUAGAGGUUACUUUCAUGAGGUAAUUAUAGCGUGUGAGUAUAGAUGUGCAGUAAGAGGAAAUGUUAAGCACUGAGGAUGAAGAAAGUACCUCAAAUCUUCCACAGGACAUGAAGUAAUUGACACAUCAGAGCAAGCCUCUACGUCCCUGUCUCUGAAUGAACUUUCUCUGCCUCUGUCUUUGUCUCUUUUUCUGUCUGUCUUUGUCACUCUCACUCUUAUGUUUGUGGAAGGUAUGACUUACAUAUAUUGCCCUUUCUAGAAAAAUGCUACAUGUUAUAUAUGUGGCGAAGUACAACCUUUUGCAUCAAAGUGUACUUUUAAACACACUAAUCUACUGUCUAUAGAUGGUCUCUCCAUGGAGGGCACAUAGUAAGUGUAUUUUAUUUCUUGCUGCACAACCCCUUUGCUUGUGUUUUUAUAAUAUUCUCUGCAGCAAAAAUUUUCUGCUACAAACAAAAAGAAACAGUAUUAUUUUUUCUUCUGGGUUAAAUGACAUAUGCUCUUUCCCCUUCUUUCUAAAGCCUGCUAUUUUUUUCUGUCCAUUUUUCUUGACUUGCAUCCUUUGGUACCUUAAUCCAGAAGUGUCUUAGCUAAUGAAGGAAUCUGCUGUAUAAAGCAAUCAUAGUGUUUCCGUCCAACAAAGCAGUCCAGUAGCCUGUUUGGGAGAUUGUGUUAAACAUUUUCAGUGGCUUUUGGGAAUGUUUUUAUCUAGGUCUUUUAAAAUUAGCUCAUGUGCCUAAAGUGGUGUCUUUUUGCUGUGGUAAAGCUUUUUUGUUUGUUUUUUUCCUUAAGAAAACCCACAAAAUUCUAAUGUAAGUGCAGGAUACUUACUGAGCAGUGAGAUAUCAUCUUAAUGCUGCUUGGAAUGUCUUUUUUUUUUUAAGUAAAAUAUUAACCAUUUGGUGUUAGGUCUGCAAUAACUUACUGUUAUGUCCACCAAUAAUUUGUGUGAUAUGUAUUUGCACAUACUACAUUUUUUACAACAAAGAAAAUGUAAAUUAUGUGAUUUGUGCCUAAUGUUUUCUUAGCACAAUAAAUAGAUCAAUGUUGUUUAAGCUGUCAAAUUGGAAAAAAAUAUAUCAAAAAUUCAUUUAAGAGAAAAAUACUUUGUGUAGUUACUUAGAUAUUUAUAUUAGACCAAGCAGCAUUCUUAGUGUUGCUGAGAAUACAAUAUACUUAAUGAUCAAAUACAAGUAAGAGCUGUCAGUAUUUUCUUUUAUAAUAAUCUGUUUUCAGAUUCAGAGAUUAACUUAUUUUUUAGUGUGCUACACAGGAUUGUGUAAUAAAUUGUCAGGGGUUUAGAUGCAGCAAAGUGGGCAUUUGGGAAAUUGGUAGUACGGCAGGUGUGAGCGAUAAAACAUUUAAAUCUUACUUUUUUAGCCUAAGUUUCCUGACUGAAAGAUAUUUUAACAUUUAUAUCAGACUACUGAGUAUUUUUCUUCUCAGCAUUUUUGAUUUCUUUGUUUUAUGAAAUGCAUUUAAUGAAAUGUGCCUAUGACUCUUCAAGUUGGAAGCCAACCAUGUUUGUGUUCUGGUGGUUUGACUUCAGAGAAUCUUUAGUAGAAAUGUUAUUGUUUUAUUGAGGUUGUUCUAAACCCCUGUAUAUUUUUAAACAUGUAAGAAAGAUUUAAAAUAAAGAAUAAAAUAGUAUUCUAUAUAUCAAAAUAGACUUUGUUUCAGUUUAAUAAAAGACUUAGAACAAGAGUUUAGUUGUUUGGGAAUCAAAACUUGUUUUCCAUUUCUGUGGUUUGGGUUGUUUAUAUUUAUUCUUGUCCCCUGUUUGCCACUGGCAUCUUGGAUAAGUUGAAAUGCUUCUUUGAAGUUUAUACCAGUUGAAGGAAUAAUAGUAAUGCGAAAUUUUCAGCUGUCAUAAAUAGAACCUUCCACAUUAUACCUGUCAUUUGGGAAUCAGAUUGCUUUAGUUUGGAGUGUAAAUAUAAUUAGAAACGACCAAGUGGAUUCUCUGCGCAGAAAACUUGAGACCAUGCCUAUUGCUUUUUCCUUUUCUGGCUUUUCCUCAUAAUAAUCAGUAACAACUAUGUGCUAGGCACUGUAUUAAGUUUUACAUAUAUUACCACAUUUAAUCCUCAUUACAACCCUUUGAGGUAGAUACUGCCUUUGUUGCCAUUCUAGAGAUGAGGAAACUAAAAAAAAGUGAUUUAUCUAAGAUCACUCAACUAGUAAAUAGCAGAGCUUCAUUUACCCUGUUUGCCUGGAGCCAGUGCCUGUAUGCUUAACCACUAUGCUAUACUGGCUUUCUUUUCAAAAGCAUUCCAACCUUUGUACCUCUUCCUGUAUCUUUUCUCUGCAAAAUUUCUCUUAGUGUUAUUUCUUUUCUUCCCCACCCUACGUUUUUUACUUCCGUACUUUCCUUAUCUUGUGAUAUCUUUUUUUUUUUUGAUCUUGCAAGUCUCUUUUAUUAGAACAGCAAUUUCAGAAGCCCAAACUUGUCAAGUUACAUUCAUACUAAAACCUGGGGCAUAGCAUUUCCUUGACAUGACUUUUGUUCGUUUUUGUUAAAUUUUCCUUGAAUAGCUUUUUCAAAUCUCUAUAAAUUUCAUAUUGAAAAAAAAUUUUUUUUCGAAGGGGAAGAAUGGAGAAGAAAGACUUUAUGAUAGGCUGAAAGAGGACCCUCUGUGAGGCGAGUUCUAGGUUUAGGUUCUUCAUUUAUUAUAAUGUUUCAUGUGCAAUGCUAGGGCAAGUUACUUAACUUCCUUUUGACAUAUUUAAAUAUGUUUAUAUAAUAGGAUAAUAGUUAUUUUGAAACUACGCUGUCUUUUUCAGAUUAAUGUAUUUUAAGAAUAGAAAGCAUAACCAUUAUUCCCCUCAUUGUAUUGUAUUCUGUGGUAAUUACCAAUUUAGGUAUAAAUGACACCCAAAAAACAAUGCUGUAUUCUAUUACCUAAGAGUUCUAAUAUCUGUGGAGUUGUCCACAAAGCAGUAUAGUGUUGGAAGGCUUUAUAUCUUACUAGACUGUGGAACCUAGCCUGAAAUCAUGGCCUUCAUAAGCUGUGUGGCCUCAGAUAAGAUACGGAUGUUCCAAAACCUCAGUUCCCUCAUCGAUAAAAUCCAGGGUUUAGCAUCUCUUGUGGUAGGCUGGUUUUGAGGAUUAAAUAAAAUAAUGUAGUUUAUGUGUUUAGCGCAGCUCCUGGCACAUAUAGAAAGUGUUCAGAAUGUGUUAGCUGCUGUUUCUUAUCUUUGUAGCUGACAUAUUCAUUACU